AUGAAACUUACAAGUUCAAUCGUCGUGUGUCCAGCGCUGGCCAUGGCGCGCAACCUCACUAUUUACAGAGAUGACCCCCUGGCUCCAACUCCACUACCGCCAUCCCAUGCAGCUUCCGAUGGUCCAGAUAUAAUUCACGCUUUCCAGAAACUAAGCCGCUCAACAACAUGGAAGAGUAUCAAGAAUAUCACUUUUCAAGGAGACACUUUUGAACCAGAGGGUAUCGUGCGGCUUGGCCAUGAUCGAUACGUGGUUAGUUUAGGACAUUGGACGGAGCCCACGAAAAAGUAUGGAAAGAUUAUCAAUGGGACAGACAGAACUGUCGGUGCGGGGUUGGCUCAUUUGAUGGUUUAUAAUGGAAAAGGGGAGAUGAUUGCCGAUGCUACCAUCACGAAAGAAGGAGACGAUGAGUAUCAUAAUGGAGGGAUAGACUAUGAUGGUCAGUAUAUCUGGGGAACGAUCGCGCAGUAUCGUCCAAACAGUACUGCGUAUGUCUACCGAACAGACCCAGAAACCCUUGUUCCAGAGCGUGUCAUCAAGUACAACGAUCAUCUGGGCGGUAUCGUCCAUGAUACUCGCACCAAUCUUAUCACAGCUCUCAGCUGGGGUUCACGAACAGCAUCAACAUGGAAUCUCCGAACCGCCAAAACAGGCUGCGACGCAUCGCCUGCCCCAGAAGAGGUUGUGCGAAACCCAAGCCACUUUAUAGACUACCAAGAUUGCAAAUGGUUAGGGUAUAGCGGUUUCUAUAAUGGCAAGAGUGUCAUGCUCUGCUCAGGAGUGGCGACCGUGGGCGGGUAUAAUCUUGGCGGCAUUGCGUUGGUGGAUGUCAAGACUAUGGUUCCUCUUGCUGAAGUGCCGAUUGAGAUGGAGAGUGAAUUGGGAACCAUGAAUCAGAGAUCAAGUCCAUCUUGGAUCGCUCAGAGCAGGCAACUGGACAUCAGCAAUUCAUCCACCAAUCUCAAGACUAUCAUCAGAACACCUCUUCAAUGGCCGAAACCGACCCAAGUCUUGAUAGCCAUGAUCAGUCCUCUUUCUGGUCGCAAGACUCCCCAAGCAACUCUUCCUCCACCUCUCCCAGCUCUCAGACCUAGUUUGAGAGUUCAGCGCGUAGUUAUGGUCUCGAACACGAGCCAGGAGAUCUACAAGCGGGAUUGUUGGCGGAAAGUAGCAGUUCGGAGGAGGACUCUCACCAAAACCGAAGAAAGAACAGAGACAACACCGAAAUCAUGUGCUGUAAGAAAUCAUGGAAGCAGGGCACACACCUCAAUAGACACUGGAAUCGCGUACACAACCGCCGAUACAAAUGCGAACACUGCGUCUUUGCAGGAGCAGACAAGAAAGAACUUUAUCGCCACUACUGGUCAUAUCACAAGGACUGGGCGAAAGCGAACAACAUUCCUGAACAGGACGGGAACUGCCAAGCUUGUGGGAGAUCUUUUACGAGAAAAGAUCGCAUUCGUCGUCAUCUUGGACGGUCUCCCUUAUGCCGUGAAAAGCUAG